AUGUACGCCCCAUCCGGCGCUACUCUGGCCCUAACCUUAUUCGCAGUUCUUAACAUAUAUUUCACGUUCUCAUAUGGUAAAAGUAGCCAAUCAUCAACUACAAUUGCAAUCCCUGUAUAUCUUUCCGAGGGAGGAUUGACCAUUUCUGUAUCAGUUGCAUCAAAAACACAUCAGUUAGCAUUGUCUGGACGUCUCGAGGGGAUUUAUCUAUUUAGCAAUAAAAUACCAAAUUGUCAAAACUGUUACGACCCAGAAAAAUCGAAUAGUGCUGAAUGGUGUAACAAUCCGAAUGAAAAAUGUAAUCCCAUCAUUUCUAAAUUUGUAUGCAAUCGGGGAAAGAAACUAGACUAUAAUUGGGCAGUCAAGACUGGACCAUUUGCAUUCGAUUCAUUAUACUACGUCCCCCAAAAUAUUCAGGGUUAUGAACAGAUUCAAAUCGAAUCUCAUGCAGUUAGUGGCUCUUCAUUCUUUAAUACAAAUUUCAAUGCGCCGGUUAAAAGGACUUUUUUAGGCACAAUUCCAAUAGCUCUUAUUGCCUCUAUAAAUUCAUAUCCUAAUUGGCCCUUGUUCAAGAAUAUUUCAGGUAUAUUUGGGUUGGUUGGUCCAUCACUUUGCUGUCGAGAAUCAUCUAUAUGGUGGUCAAUUAUUGGUGAAUAUAACAACACAUUUCAAAUAGAUAUUGAUGGUGAUUUUUCGCAACCCAAAGACUUUGAGCAGGUUGGAAAUUUGGUUUUGGGGGCCAGCGAAGAUGAAUUCGUGUGGUCUAAUCCUAGACACAUCGGAGGAUUAUAUUCUGAUGCACUUAUGCAAUUUACUGUUUACAACUUUAAGAUGUGCAAUGUAGAACUAUUUGGCCAAACUUCCAGUAAUUGGGAGGCGAUUAUAGAUCCAACUUGUCGCUGCCUCGGAUUGCCUAAGAAUUUCUGGCUGUCCCUAAUGAAACACCUUCCUGUGGACCCCAAUGAUUGUUUGAACGAUGAGAAUUUACCCCGACUUUGUAAAUUAAAAUCACCUUUCCCCAAACUUCCAAUCAUCUCCUUUACCCUAAAAGAUGAUCCCCGAUCGCCAAAAUUGGAAAUACCGCUCCAGUCUCUCCUUUUCAAACUAAAUGACAACGAUACCGAGCAACGUUUGUGUAUUGUACCCACAGACAUAAGUGGGGUUAAUAGGAGCAAAGCAAUUACCACGUUUCCAUCCAUCAAGUUUGGAUACCAGGUGCUGAGGAAUUUCAAAGUCGCUGUGGAUCAGGGAAAUUGUAAAAUAGGUUUUCUAAACAGAGGCAAGUUUAUUGGCUCCGACGAAGUUUGUAGUGCGAAGGUCACAUGUAAAGGCGAUCAAGUAUAUUGUGCUGCAAUGAACACAUGUCUCAAUCCAGAGUGCAGCAUUUGGUUGUUGAAAUCGUACGAUCCAAAUAGCGGUACUUGUAAAUUUAAUAUGUGGGCGAUGGUUUUCUUGUGGAUCACAAUCGCAUUAAUUGGCCUAAUUGAUAUACAUUCAUACUUGAGUUACCGCAGGCUAUUAACGCAUGCUAAAAGGUUGUGUAAGUGA